AUGUCUCCCCCGAACUCCACUCCGCAACACGAUGCAGCCCACGACAGCAACGCCGAAGCGAAGCUAGAGAAGGUCGACGACCAUCAGGAUGUAGCCACGAUGAACGAGAGCGCGCCUCUACUAGGACUGGCUACAGAGCCUAAGACUACGGCAGAUGACGCGAAUGCCACCAAUAAGGCGGGGCAGCCUGUUCAGAUCGAAGCCCAAGACGAGGGGCAUGUAGCGAAAGAAGAGUCGAGAGAGGAGGUGGGGAAAGCACGCAGUACUUUGGAGGAGCCAAAUGCGGCACUCACUGGCUCAGAGACGGUCCAAGAAGAAGACGCGAAGGCUUCGCAGCCAUCAUCUGGCGCGCCAACAGAGGAGCCCACGACCAAAACGGAGAACACAGGGACGGACCGAGCAUCAACACCACCACCCGAGCCUAGCGAGAAAUCGGCAGGCAAAGCGCCCAUACGAUCACCUUCACCUCCUCCUCCGCCGCCCAAAGACGACAAAUACCUUACGACAAGUAACGUACCCAGCCGAACUACGUCCCCGAUGUCGCAAGGACGAUCGAGUGGAAGGAACUCCGAAGACGCUGCGGCUGACGACUAUGCUGCGAACCAUGACGGUACAGGAGACGCGGUGGACAACUCGCAGGAGGAGAUACAAAGCAUUAUGGAUCAGUUCGAGGGGGAUGGCGGGCCGGACGAGACUGAGAUCAUGUCCCCCAGAUUGGAAAUAGCGAGCCCUAUGUUGGAAUCACCGUCAACCCCGUACCCACCACGAAGAUCAAGUCUCGUGCCGCUCGACAAGCCCCUACCCAUUCCGACCGACGAUGCGGCUUCGACAAUCCCACUGCAGUCUCCACCUCCUCGUACAUCCUCUCUACACCGCGUCAGCACUGCUACCUCCUUCGCAGAACCCACGUCGCCUAGUGCACAUGCCUCCAAGUACAAGCCAGUACAGCCAGCACCAGAGCCCGAACCAGACCUACCCUUCGACUUCCACCGUUUCCUCGAGCAGCUACGCCACCGGACGGCCGACCCUGUCGCCAAGUUCUUGCGCUCUUUUCUUCUCGAGUUUGGGAAGAAGCAAUGGAUGGUACACGAGCAGGUCAAAAUCAUCGGCGACUUCCUCGAGUUCAUCAGCAAGAAGAUGGCACAAUGCGAGGUAUGGCGGACUGUAUCGGACGCCGAAUUCGAUAAUGCAAGAGAAGGCAUGGAGAAGUUAGUCAUGAAUCGAUUAUACACCCAAACUUUCUCGCCCGCAAUCCCGCCUCCAGAACCCGCAUCACCACGCAAAGGUCGACGGAGACAAGAGCCACCGGGACCAGGUCGGAGGGGUCAGCAUCAAGAGGACGUAGAACGAGAUGAGGUCUUAGCGCAGAAGGUGCGCAUAUACAAGUGGGUCAGUGAAGAGCACCUGGAUAUCAAGCCGGUAGGCGACAAGGGCAAGAAGUUUCUACAUCUGGCCCAACAGGAGCUGUUGAAGAUCAAAAGCUACCGAGCGCCUAGAGACAAGAUCAUCUGCAUCUUGAACUGCUGCAAAGUCAUCUUCGGGUUCUUGCGGACGUCCAACUCCGAUCAGUCUGCCGAUGCCUUUGUACCACUUCUCAUCUACACGGUACUGCAAGCGAACCCCGAUCAUCUCGUCUCGAACGUACAAUACAUUCUGCGGUUCCGGAACCAGGACAAGCUUGGUGGGGAAGCAGGCUACUACAUAUCGUCUUUGAUGGGCGCCAUCCAAUUCAUUGAGGGUCUUGACAAGACGUCAUUAACAGUGACGGAUGAGGAAUUCGAGAAGAACGUCGAAGCGGCCGUCUCAGCCAUCGCUGAACGUCACGCAGCUGAAGAGGCCGAGUCUUCAUCUUCAUCUGCGCUAUUACAUCCUACUGCGCCUAACCAUAAGCGUAUGCCUUCACCGCACUAUCAUCACAUAGCGGAAAAGACGACACCACUGCGACCAGAACUUACGCAAAGGAAUUCAAUGGAGGCAGAGACCGCAGGGCCGCGACGGUCAACCAGUCUGAAAGAUCGCAAGUCCGAGGCGGAGCAGCCAGAAGAAGAGAAUGCCGCUGUCGCAGGGCUAUUGCGGACAAUACAACGGCCACUUAGCACUAUUGGUCGCAUCUUCUCGGACAACGAUACACACCAUCCAUCUGGACCUGCAGCAGCCCAGAAACCGCAUUUACCGCCACGUGCGUCAACAGAGUAUCCUGGUCAGGUUCCUCAGUCUAACAUGAGUGAGAAGCAACGGCCGUCGCAUGAAGAAGACCGACAAAGGCAGAGGUUGGCGGCAGAAGAUGUCGCAGCGCGACAGGCGUCUGCCGAAGCGGAGGAAGCGAGGCGCAUACAGCGACAGGAACACAAGGUCGUAGUCGAGACGCUGACGGGCAUGUUUCCCCAGCUGGACCGGGAUGUCAUCGACGACGUAGUGCGGCAGAAGGAGGGCCGGGUCGGUCUUGCAGUUGACGCAUGUUUAGCGCUAGCGAAUCCUUGA